AUGGACUCUCAAGAAUAAGAAAUUUAAAAAACUGCUACUAAUGGUAAUGCAGUUGAAGAAAAAACAAACGGUCAAGCUGAAGAAAUUAAAUAAAUCAAAGAAACUGUAGAAGCUUAAUAAAUUAAACCAUAUCCUAUUGCUGAGCCCAGAUUAACUGUCAAGAUUUUAGAUUUAAUUUAGUAAGCUAUGCAUUAUAAGUAAUUAAAGAAGGGAGUUAAUGAAGUUUUAAAGUGCUUAAAUAAGGGUGUUAGUGAAUUAGUUAUUUUAGCUGCUGACUGCGACCCUCUUGAAAUAGUUAUGAAUUUACCAGGUGAAUGUGAAGAAAAAAAUGUCCCAUAUUGUUUUGUGAGUUCAAAAUCUGCUCUAGGAAGAGCUUGCGGUAUUAAAAGACCUAUCGUAUCAGCAACCAUCAUUCUUCAUGAAGGUUCUUAAUUAAAUACAUAAAUUUUAGAAAUGAAAGACACUUUUGAACAGCUUUUCAUUUGA